CUUAGCUGGCUGAUGGGUAUUGCCCACUGCGAGUCAGGGUGGGGGUUACGGAGCUAUGACCAGAUUCGGGUUGAAUAGCAUAGUGCAAGUAUUCAAUCCGCGCAGUCAGAACAUCCUGUCCGAAGAGAGUCCUCCACACUGCCGGUCAUUGACGUCAUGAUGUAAACGACGACGCGUAGCUGCCAUAGGAGUCGCCAUGAUAUUUAUGGCACGGCCUUCAAGCGAAAUGGUCGCUUUCUCGCUGUCCGACUGCCUUCCUGUCACUGCCCGCUCAGCCCUCACCAAUGGCAAACAUUCUGCCCCAAACCAUGGAAAAAGUGCAGCACGCCGUCCUAGGCCCUCGCGGGGGCGACAAGGUCUCCGACCUGGGUAAGAACACAAAGGAGAUGACGAACAAGAUGCGCUUGACGACCGACUAUGGCGUCAAACAAACCACUGCCGACGACUGGCUGAAGGCCGUCGAUAAGGAUCAGGCGGGCCCGUUGCUGCUCGAGGACCCAUUUGCUCGUGAGAGGAUUAUGAGGUUCGACCACGAGAGGAUCCCCGAAAGAGUUGUGCACGCCCGUGGCACUGGCGCCUUUGGAAAGUUCAGGGUGUUCGAAAGCGCUGAAGACGUGACUUUUGCUCCCGUACUGACCGACACAUCACGGGAGACGCCGGUGUUUGUUCGCUUUUCUACUGUGCUCGGCAGCCGCGGUAGCGCCGACACGGUGCGUGAUGUACGAGGCUUUGCCACCAAGUUUUACACCCAAGAAGGUAUCUGGGAUCUCGUCGGAAACGACAUCCCGGUCUUCUUCAUCCAGGACGCUAUCAAGUUCCCCGAUGUCAUCCACGCAGGCAAGCCCGAGCCGCACAAUGAGGUACCGCAGGCCCAGUCCGCACAUAACAACUUCUGGGACUUCCAGUAUAACCACACCGAGGCCACACACAUGUUUAUGUGGGCGAUGAGCGACAGGGCUAUUCCGCGCUCGUAUCGGAUGAUGCAGGGCUUCGGUGUCAACACCUUCACGCUCAUCAACGCCAAGGGCGAGCGUCACUUUGUCAAGUUCACAUGGACCCCUGAGCUUGGCGUCCAUUCGCUGGUGUGGGAUGAGGCACUCAAGCUUGCAGGGCAGGAUCCAGAUUUCCAUCGCAAAGACCUCUGGGAAGCCAUCGAAAACGGUGUAUACCCGAAGUGGAAGUUUGGCAUCCAGGUCAUCCCCGAGGCCGACGAGCACAAGUUUGACUUUGACAUCCUCGACGCCACCAAGAUUUGGCCCGAGGAUCUGGUACCGACCCGGUACAUUGGCGAGAUGGAGCUCAACCGCAACCCGGACGAGUUCUUCCCUCAGACGGAGCAGAUCGCCUUUUGCACUAGCCAUGUCGUCCCCGGCAUAGGCUUUUCUGACGACCCUCUGCUCCAAGGCCGCAAUUUCAGCUACUUCGACACGCAGAUCUCGCGACUGGGCGUCAAUUUCCAAGAGCUGCCCAUCAACCGUCCCGUCUGCCCCGUCAUGAACUUCAACCGCGACGGUGCCAUGCGCCAUACCAUCACGCGCGGAACUGUCAACUACUGGCCCAACCGUUUCGAGAUCUGCCCGCCCGCGAGCCACGAGGAGGGCGGAUACGUCGAGUACGCGCAAAAGGUAGUGGGCAUGAAGGCGCGCAUGCGCAGUGAGAAGUUCAAGGAACACUUUAACCAGGCGCAGCUCUUCUGGAACAGCAUGUCGGCCGUGGAGAAGAACCACAUCAUCAACGCCUUCAUGUUCGAGCUGGACCACUGCGAAGACCCCGUUGUGUACGGUCGCAUGGUGAAGCGGCUCGCCGACAUCGACCUCGGGCUUGCGCAGACCGUCGCCGAGAUGGUUGGCGGGGAGAUACCCAAGGAGGGACGGCCCAACCACGGGCGCAAGGCGCCGGCGCUGAGCCAGACCGAGUUCCCCGCCGUGAAGCCCACCAUCGCAUCGCGGCGCAUCGCAAUCCUGAUCGGCGAUGGCUACGACCCAAUCUCCUUCUCGGGCGCCUACGCGGCCAUCACGGCCGCGCUAGCCAUCCCGCUCGUCAUCGGCACCAAGCGCAGCAAAGUCACCUCGUCGGACGGCAGCACGUCGGUCCAGCCGCACCACCAUCUCGAAGGAUUCCGCUCGACCAUGGUGGACGCUCUGUUCAUCCCCGGCGGCGAAGGGUCGGUUAGAACGCUGGGCAAGAACGGGCGAGCGCUGCACUGGAUCCGGGAGGCGUUCGGCCAUCUCAAGACGAUUGGUGCCACGGGUGAGGCGGUCAAUCUGGUGAACACGGCAAUUGGACUACCGGAGGUGACCGUGUCAGAUUCGGGCGAGGUGCACGAUAGCUAUGGCGUCGUGACGCUGCGGGAAAUCAAGCCGGGCAGCCUGAGCGAGGCCGUCACCAUCGCCAAGGGCGCCAAGGGGUUCUUGGAGAGCUUCUUCUGGAACAUUUCACAGCACCGGAAUUGGGACAGGGAGCUGGCGGGACUGCAUACCCAGGUUGCGUACUAGUGCGGAAUGGUUUGUUAAUGACAAUGAGGAGGAGGUUGUAUGUAAUGUAUGUACAUACCAAAUGACGGGUUAGGUCGUCCAGUAGUUUACAGCGUGUUUUAGCCUUGUCUAAGCUGGUAUGUUGGUCAGUUUGCUGUUGCCCGGGACCGGUCGAGUGCAGAUGUUGGAGCAGCCAGGCGAUGCCGAGUCUUGUGCAGAUGGCAACAGGGUAACACUGUCAUGCUAGGAGGACUGAGCCGAGCAUAGCACCUUGACGCUACCCUCCGUUGUCCAAACAAGAGAGUCAAUGGCGGUCAACUCGCAGUUCUUAUCCCUGCACGCCCUUGGUUCAACAGCCAAGACAUGCGGCAGCGGAGCG